AUGAAUAGAAUGAAAGAAUUUAAAUAAGAAGCUGAAAUAUUAAAAUUAUUUUCUUCUUUCAAUAGUCAAUAUGAAAAAGAAGUACAAUUUAUUUUUAAAAAGGUUAAUUAAUGUGAUUUAGAUUACCCUACACAAAAAGAUCGAUACCUUUCGAUGGAUUUUCAAAGAGGAUUUUUACCCAAAGCAAUUCAUAGACGUAGAAAAGCAAAGAAGAAGAGCACAAAGAUAGUUAUUAACACUUAUAGAAUGGAUCCAAAAAAAAUAGACUAGGUCUUAGCUUAAACUGAAAAAAUUAAAUAAGUUGGAUAAUUUUUAUUGUGA